GUAGCCCAACCACUGCUCCUUGUUCUAAGCGCCCGCCCUCACUGGAAAAAACUUGCCGUCCGUAGAGGUUACGAAACCACAACGCCACCGUAGCCUGGGUUUAGGGUUUGCGUGACAAACCACACCACCCACCGUUAAGCGACGUCGUUCAGGCUGCCAUGGAGAGUGCCUUCGCGAGCGCCUCUGCGAUCUCCGACCAGCGGCAGAAGAUCGAGCAGUACAAGCACAUUCUGUCCACCGUGAUUUCUUCAAGCGACGUCGUUCAGGCCAAGAAGUUCAUCGAUCACUUGUUGUCGGAUGAUGUUCCGUUGGUGGUUUCCCGGCAGCUUUUGCAGACUUUUGCCCAGGAGUUGGGGCGGUGGGAGCCGGAGACCCAGAAGGAGAUUGCCCACUAUGCCCUUUCUCAGAUUCGUGUCGUUUCAUUCGAAGAACAGGUGAUGAUAAUAAGAGAGAAACUUGCGGAAUUGUACGAGUCUGAGCAACAAUGGUCAAAAGCAGCUCAGAUGCUCAGUGGAAUUAAUCUCGACUCAGGAACAAGAGCCGUUGAUGACACAUUCAAGUUAUCAAAAUGUGUCCAAAUUGCUCGCCUAUAUCUCGAGGACGAUGAUGCCGUGAAUGCAGAAGCUUUUAUUCAUAAAGCUUCAUUCUUGAUUACAACUAUUCAGCAUGAAGUUUUGACUUUAGAGUACAAGAUUUGUUAUGCAAGGAUUUUAGAUUUAAAGAGAAGGUUCUUGGAAGCAGCAUUACGUUAUUAUGAUUUUUCUCAGAUUGAAAAGAGGCAAAUAGGAGAUCAAGAGAUUGAUGAGGAAGCACUGGAGCAAGCUCUAUCUGCUGCAGUUACAUGUACAAUUUUAGCCGCAGCAGGACCCCAACGUUCUCGUGUUCUUGCUACUUUGUACAAGGAUGAGCGAUGCUCAAAGUUAAAAAUAUAUCCAAUACUACAAAAGGUAUAUUUGGAGAGAAUUUUGAGGAAACCAGAAAUUGAGGCAUUUGCUGAAGAGUUAAAGCCCCAUCAGAAAGCACUUCUUCCAGACAACUUUACAGUGUUAGAUCGUGCAAUGAUUGAACAUAAUCUUCUGAGUGCCAGCAAACUUUACACCAAUAUAAGUUUUGAAGAAUUGGGCACUUUGCUGGGAAUUGAGCCUCAUAAGGCUGAGAAGAUUGCAUCAAAAAUGAUAUAUGAGGACAGAAUGAGGGGAUCUAUUGAUCAGGUGGAAGCUGUCAUACAUUUUCAGGAUGACUCUGAAGAGCUGCAACAGUGGGAUCAGCAGAUUGUUGGCCUGUGUCAGGCUCUCAAUGAGGUCUUGGAUGGCAUGGCAAAGAAGGGCAUGGCAAUUCCCGUCUGAUCUUCGCUAGCAAACCUCCAGAAAUUGGAAAGUGAAUUUGCUUUCACCCCUAUACAUUUUGUUAGCCGUCGCCUUGCAUAUUGUAGUGAACUUGAAUUUCAAAUCCUGUUACCAUGGACCGAAGAUCUCCCCCGGAAAUGAUUUUUGCGUAUAAUUUGGUUGUGGUCGGAAAUCGUAGGAUCUCUUUUUUGCAUCACCUGUGGGAGGGUUUGGAGUAGCUAUACUUUAGUAUCUUGGUGCCAGCAACCAAGUUGAACCCAUUUCUUACUUCUUCCGACCUCCAAUCGAACUACAUUUGAAUACGAGGAACAUCUGUUGCUUUUGCCCCAAGACAACAUUUAUUUGAAUUUUGAUGCGAUGUUGAAUUUGAA